UCGGGACAGCCAGGGCACAAAGAGCAAGUGGGUGAAACCGGAGUAGCCUGAACCGCGCACACAAGGAAGUUCGGUCAAAAAAGUUGACCGCUAUUAUACCUACUUGAAGAAAUGACGGAAUAUGGAGAAAGUGACAACACCGAAUGAAAGAAUGACAAAGAUAUUGGCAGGCUGUAGUAAAUGACAGUAGAGACUCAAAUAGAUGGCUGUGCAUGUUUUGUAGCGCUUGCGCCAUCCCGGCCGCUAGAACAGCCGGUAGGCCUGUACAUUAGAAUUAAAGAUAAGUUUAAUAACCUGCAAUUUUAUGGUGCUUGCGUAGUAUAUUAAGAACAUAGAAAAACGCGGUGUAUAUUAGGCUACACUAUAGAAAAGGUCCGUUUGUAUGAGCAAGAUUGUUCCACGAGUGUGAGGUGGGUGUACACGCAGUUUGCUUUGACAGGGGAGUUAUGGAAUAUGAGGAGCCGGAAUCACCCGACCCCAUCACGACUGAGGAACCCGUAAAAAAAGGAGGCUCUGUAUCCAAGAAGACUCACUUAACUCAAAUCGAGGUGAUCCCAUGUAAGAUUUGUGGCGAUAAAUCAUCAGGAGUUCACUAUGGAGUCAUCACCUGUGAGGGCUGCAAGGGGUUUUUCCGGAGAAGCCAGCUGCCCUCCGUGUCCUACUCCUGUUCCAGACAGAGUAACUGUCCCAUUGACCGAGCCAGCCGCAACCGCUGUCAGAGCUGUCGGCUACAGAAGUGCGUGGCCCAGGGCAUGAGCAGGGACGCGGUGAAGUUUGGCCGGAUGUCAAAGCGCCAGCGCGAUUCUCUGUGUGCUGAGGUGGAGAGACACCGACAGCAGCAGCGUCUCGAGGGAGAGGCCCUGCCCACCCUGCACUACCCCAGCAAGGCACGACGUGACCGGUCACCCCACCUGAUCCAAGCCCCGGCUUCGGCCUACUCUUUCCCUGGAGAGGCCAAGCUGGCAUCCUGCCCGACGGAUGUGCUCCCCUACCUUGUGGGUUCCCAAGGCGAGUCCCAGGCUUCGGGUCUGGCCUACCGAGGUUCCUGUGUGUCUCCUGGCAGCGGACACUCUGAUGAAAGAGGAUUCGACUCCCGCCAGCCGUCUCCUGAACAGAUGAUUGGGAUGGGUAUUCGACCCUAUGACCCGGAAGACACCUACUGCCCAUACCCCUCCACCAUGCUUCACAUGGAGGAGUUGUUGAGCAGUAUCACGCGCUCCCACCGGGACACCAGCCAGUUCCGGAUGGAGGCGCUGCAUGCUCUGAAAUGGAAGUUGUUCAGCCGGGAGGAGACCCAUGCUUACCAGUGCAAGACAGUGGAUGAGAUGUGGCAGCACUGUGCUGUCCGGCUCACUGAGGCAGUACAGUACGUGGUGGAGUUUGCCAAACGCAUCCCUGGGUUCCGUGGGCUUGGACAGAAUGACCAGAUCAACCUGCUCAAGACUGGUUCAAUGGAGGUGGUUCUGGUCCGCAUGAGUAGGUGUUUCAACACAGAGAACAGCACAGUCUUCUUCGACGGGAAGUUUGCCGGAACUGACCUCUUCAAAUCUUUGGGCUGUGGUGAUCUCGUGGUGGCGGUGUUUGACUUUGCGCACAGUCUGUGUGCUCUCAGUCUGACUGAGCAGCAGAUGGCCCUCUUCAGUGCACUGGUGCUCAUCGAUCCAGAUCGCCCCUGUCUUGAGGAUAGAGGCAGAGUGUAUAGACUGAGGAAAGACUUGGAGUUAGCCCUCAAUCACAUGCUACACAGAGACAACCAGGAGAGUCUUUUGCACAAGCUCUACCAGAAAGUGUCAGUCUUGCGCUCUCUAUGCAGUCUGCAUGUGGAGAAGCUACACUGGUUCAGCCAACUCUACCCUCUCACCGUCCACUCACUCUUUCCUCCACUUUACAAGGAGCUGUUCGCCCCUGACUCAGACCAGACAUCUGUGGCCACACUCUGAACUCCACCAUACAUGGAGACAGAAAACAUUCUGCAAGCAAAAUAUGCAUACAGUAGUAGACAGAUACACGCACUUACAAACAGACACAUACAUACAUACAUACAACAUACAUACAUGCAUACGUACAUACAACAUUCUUACUGAUAAUCUUAGAGCAAUAACUUGGAUUUCUUUAUUUGUUGAAUACAUAUAUUUUUGUAUAUUCAGAGAGCAGAGGAACAAAAUCAUCUGAAUAACCUAGUAGAUAUUCGAUUUGGUCAUGUAGAAACUAAUUUACAGAUUAGGAUGGUACACAAAUAUUCAGGUAUUUAAAAGCAUUUCAAAUUGAUCGUAUGAAAAUGUGUUAUUUCUGAGUUGUACACAUUUUUUUUUUCCUUCUUCAGAGUAAUCUCAGUGUAGACUAUCUGUGUUAUUUUGUCUCAGGGUGAUGUUUUGACUGUAACCAGAUCAGUGUGUAGAUGGUGUAAAUGAUCAUAUUCAGAUUGUCACUAUGCAGCUGGACAACAUGCAUAUAUAACAGUAUGAAUUCUUAUGUGUGUGUUCUGAGUGGUUGGCUAACCCAUCAGAUUGAAUGAGUUAUAGCCCCUGGCCCACUUUUCAGGGCACAAAUACAGUGUAGCCUUCACAAUAAACUGUUUGUGGAUCAGGUUUGACCAACUCUGCUGUCUCUAUCAUAAUGAGCUUUAAGUGUGCGUUUGUGUUGCAUUAAAACAAUGACACAGAUCCUAGACAAGCGGAAAUGUCAUGAGAAAUGCUUUGUAAAAGUGCUGUACAGUAUAUAGCCAUUUGAAUGACUGUUAUUGGAAAUGUGUAAGGUUUAACUAACAAUACCAGUGAGUUGCUUUUCCUUUUCUUUCUGUUAUUUUGUCUGCUGUGUGCUGCAGUUGUUACCAUGGAACAGGCUUCCAAUAAAGAGCCCAUACAAUGAAAACGCCA